AUGACGAAUACAACUGAAGAAGAAAAAAACGCGGAAACAGUCACUCAACAGCAUACUGUUCUUCUCGAUAUUCCCGCUCGAUUACAAUGGGAAAAUGGUCACGGUUAUUGUGGAGAAACCGCCAUACAAAGCUUCGGUCUUUAUUAUGGUGCUUGGAUAUCUCAAAAACUCGUUCGUGAUAUUAAUAAAGGUGAAUAUCUCCUGAAAAAACUAUCUGUGGAUGAUUAUCGAGAUCCAACUCAUACGUUGACUGUCCUUCAUUUUACUUAUAACGAAUGGAAUUGGGAAAACUCGGUUCAACCUCAAUUUUAUGACUUCUGUCGUUGGAUAAAGAGAGCUAUCAUACAAGGAUAUCCUGCAAUGUUUGUUGCGUAUCUUCUUUAUAUGCAGGAUGAAAAUUAUGAUCAUAUUAUGCCGGCAAUCGGUGUUCGAUUUCAAAACGAACAUGAAUAUGAUCCGGAAGAUGUACUUCUCUACUAUAAUCUCUUUCAUGAAAAACUAAUAGAACGGAAAAUGAGUAAAGAUGAUUUGGCGGCUACAAGAAAAACAUGUCGAAAACAUUGCGGUGAAGGUGGAUGUAUACCACUUAAUAUCGACUAUGGAAUUGCUGUAACAGGUAUUGUGGAUGAAAAUCAUGUAACGCUACCUGUGCGUCUAUCUGUUUCUGCGUGGAAUGAACCGAAUACACAUCCUGCUUACGCGGAAGCUCCUGUCGAGAUGGAUGGUAUUGUAACGGUGCGUGAUCUAAUUGUUGAUAAGCCUUAUGUUCUUCUUCGAUAUUCAUCUUAUGAACAUGUACCAACGAAGGGCACUAUUAGUGAUUUUCUAUCAUCGAAUUUUGAUGAGAAGCAUGCCUUUACAGCAAAUGAGAAAACAUACAUUUAUGAAGAUCCAAAGAAAAUUCCUUCGACAGGAUCAGUCUACUAUCGAUGUGUUCCGCUAUUAGAGAAAUAA